AUGUCUUUCGAAGACCCGUUUUUUGUAGUCCGAGGCGAGGUGCAGAAGGCUGUGAACACGGCCCGGGGGCUCUACCAGCGCUGGUGCGAGCUCUUGCAGGAGGGAGCAGCGGUCGGACGCGAGGAGCUGGACUGGACGACCAAUGAGCUGCGGAAUGGCCUGCGCAGCAUCGAGUGGGACCUCGAAGAUCUGGGGGAGACUGUCGCCAUCGUGGAAGCCAACCCCAGCAAGUUCAAGCUCGCGGCUGGUGACUUGCAUGAGAGAAAGGUGUUCGUGGAGAGGAUGUGGGAGGAGGUCCAGGAAAUGAGGGAUCAUUUGGUCAGCCCCGCUGCCAUAGCCUUCAUAGAGAGGAAUAACAGAGAGAUGCUGGUGAACAAGCCAGCUGUUCUGAAGCCACCCAGUGAUCUGCUGGAUGCCAGCACGGUGUCAGCCUUGUCUCAGUACACUGAGGAGGAACAGGCUACGCAGCAGCUGAUCAUGGACCAACAGGAUCAACAGCUUGAAAUGGUGUCUGGCAGCAUCCAGGUCCUAAAACAAAUGUCCGGUCGAGUUGGGGAAGAGCUGGAUGAACAGGGCAUCAUGCUGGAUGCUUUUGCUCACGAGAUGGACCAUAUCCAUUCCCGGAUGGAUGGAGUCCUCAGGAAGAUGGCCAGAGUAUCCCACAUGACAAGUGACCGCCGGCAGUGGUGUGCCAUCGUGGUACUGCUGGGGGUGCUUCUGCUGGUCCUGAUCCUGCUCUUCGCUCUCUAA